AUGAAGUCAUCCGUAACCAAGAUUCUCAGCGGCCUAUUUAUCGGCCUCCUCCUUGGAGCCCCUGCCUUGGGCAACCCUGUCCCUAUCGAAGGUGAGAAAGGAGUCGAAAAGCGCCAAUUCCUAGAAGAACUCAUCAUUGCUGCUAUUACCGGCGCUGGCUCUGGUGCUUUGAAUAGUCUCCUUGGCCCUGAACAACCAGGAUGCACCUGGAAAAGCACCCAUGACGACCAAAACUGGUGGGCACGAGUCUAUACUGAGAUAUCCGGCACAAACUACACAGCAGCCGACAUCUGCUGGACCCAAGGCGGCUACACCAUCACCGACAAUGACGCCCAAGCCGCCACCUGUCUGCUCAACGAACACAUCAACCAGGAUUUUUCAUGCAUCAGCCAAGACGACACCAACUGCAACUACCCGAACUCUGCGUUUGGGAAUGUGCGUAUCUUGCACGAUUUGAGUACGAGUGCGCACCAGCAAUUGGAUUCUUUUGCUGGUCAACGGGCGAUUAAUGUUACAAACACGAUCCCAGGUCUUGAGCAUGGAUUUGAUAUUUCGACCAACGUGAACAUGUUGAUAUACAACAACGAUGGAACAUCGACUGGAUGGACUGUUGAGCUUCGUGGCACUGGUGAUGAGGACUGUUAA